GCAAAAUAUUUUAGAGCUGUGCAUGAAAGGUCGUGAAGCAUAUUCGCGAGAAUAUCUCUCGUUUUUAUAGGAACACGCCCAAUCAGACAGGAGUAUUAUUUGUACUGCGGUAUCGACUAUGGAUCCAGUAGCAUUUGUUUCACUACCAGACAUAGGUGUUUAGGACGACAUGCCUCGGAUCCAAACAAAUAAUCAGUUCGACGUUUCACAGAACUGCUCGGCUCGUCAUCCUCCGGGAGACGAUGUUUUAGAUGCUGACACCCAUAACCGUAAUGGUACUAACUGGCGACAACUUUAGACGAGGAAUCCGCCAAGAUCCUGUCAUGAAAAGCUUGUAACUUGCAGAAAUAUUAGUUUUUUAACCAGCGCUCCGAACGGAUUUAAUCUUAGUUUAAUUGGAAACUUCAUUGCCAUACAUCUUUUGAUCACAUGUGAAUAUUGUUGAAAACAAGAUAAUAAGACUGACACUGGUGUGUUAGGUCACGUGUGACGAUCGAUUUACUUAAAUUACUGGUCGACACCCAGAGGCAGGUGUGUGAUUUAUGUUCCAGUCGUCAGUGUCAGUGAUAACAGUGUAUUUAAGGUACCGUGACGUCUAGCUCAAAUCUCACUCACAAUAGUGACUCCAUGCUACAUACGAGCUGUGUUAACUACGAAUCACUCAGCGGAAGUAACCCUAGUGGAUAUAAAACAGGAACUAUCCCAGGAGAGAGUUAUCGGUCUUCACCGGAAGUAGUUCUAGUGGAUAUAAAACAGGAACUAUCCCAGGAGAUAGUUAUCGGUCUUUACCGGAAGUAGUUCUAGUGGAUAUAAAACAGGAACUAUCCCAGGAGAUAGUUAUCGGUCUUUACCGGAAGUAGUUUUAGUGGAUAUAAAACAGGAACUAUCCCAGGAGAGAGUUAUCGGUCAUUUACCGGAAGUAGUUCUAGUGGAUAUAAAACAGGAACUAUCCCAGGAGAUAGUUAUCGGUCACUCAGCGGAAGUAACCCUAGUGGAUAUAAAACAGGAACUAUCCCAGGAGAGAGUUAUCGGUCACUCAGCGGAAGUAACCCUAGUGGAUAUAAAACAGGAACUAUCCCAGGAGAGAGUUAUCGGUCAUUUACCGGAAGUAGUUCUAGUGGAUAUAAAACAGGAACUAUCCAAGGAGAGAGUUAUCGGUCACUCAGCGGAAGUAACCCUAGUGGAUAUAAAACAGGAACUAUCCCAGGAGAGAGUUAUCGGUCACUCAGCGGAAGUAACCCUAGUGGAUAUAAAACAGGAACUAUCCCAGGAGAGAGUUUUCGGCCAUUGACCGGAAGUAGUUCUAGUGGAUAUGACACACGGGAAUAAGUGCAAAAGACGGUUAUCUUCACUAACCGGAAGUAAGUUUAGCGGAUAUAACACAGGGAAAUCAUUUUAUUAUAUCCAACGGUUGUAAAACUUGUCAAAAUAUUUGGAUUUAAUCUGUAUUCAAUAUUUCUGUAUUGUGUAUUAUUCGUGGCGUUUGUUUCCUGGAUUAUGUUCACUAUCUACACUCCGUGGAUUACCGACAGUGAUGGAUUAUACCAGUCCUGUUGAUGGGAAUGUUAGUGUCUGAUUUCUACACUCCGUGGAUCACUGACAGUGAUGUCAAUAAUCUGUCUGUGUGGACACCUGGCUCCCGUUACGGACGAUGUCAUGGCAGUUGUAUGUGGGUAAGGAUUAACAUAAAUUAUAAUUAUCCCAUAGCUGUUCGCGUUUCAAUCAUUGUAUGGAAGGAUGACGUAGCUCAUAUAUAACUGUAAAAAAAAACACUUCCGGGAUCAGUUGUUAUUUCAGUCGAUGACAUUGGAGAAUUAAAGUCACUUUUGAUGCUCAAGUAGUUUCUAUCCAAAAUAUUUUUUUCAUGGAAUAUAUAAAAUACGUGAGACAAAUCAAACAACACCACAUAAGCGUUCGGAACUACUGGAUUAGUGACUGUACUGCGUGACGUGUCGAGUGUACAAUGACAGGCUAUUACAUAUAUAGCUUGUGACUUUUAUAUCCUAGCCACAAUGGGUAUUAAUCGGUAUAAAAAGUCGUGGUAAAUUGUGGAAGUAUUGGAUUGAUAGAAGAAGGAUUCACGUGGAAAUAUUGGAUUGAUAGAUGUAGGAUUCACGUGGAAGUAUUGGAUUGGUAGAUGUAGGAUUCACGUGGAAAUAUUGGAUUGAUAGAUGUAGGAUUCACGUGGAAAUAUUGGAUUGAUAGAUGUAGGGUUCACGUGCUCAGUAUCUACCGACACCAAAUUCUCCUGACAUAAGUAUGUCGGAGAACAACACAAUGUCUAUCUUCAACAUUUCACUGACUCCAGCAAGUCUUCCACCAGCUUUGGUGGAGCCGGAUAAUAGUGAACAACUCCGGAUAACUCGAUUGAUUGUCCAGAAUAUCCUGGUUCCUCUUGUCGUAGCUCUGGGGUUAACGGGUAACAUUCUCAGUAUCAUUGUUCUUACUCAUCGUUCCAUGCGGACGUCGACAAAUUGCUAUCUCGCAACAUUAGCCAUAUUUGACACGCUGUAUUUGCUCAUGUCUUUCUCCCUUAGUUUCAAACAUUACGGCGAUCUAGGAGAUGAUCGUGUUUAUAAAUACUGGUUUCCCGUGGCACGUGUUCUAACGGAUAUGUGUGGAAAUGUGUCUGUUUGUCUCACUGUGACAUUUACGGUAGAACGAUACAUAGCGGUAUGUCUCCCUAUGCGAGGUCACGUGAUAUGUACUCCAGAACGGGCGCGGAUUAUAGCGACGCUUGUUGUCCUUUUCGCUUUAGCGUCAACGUCACCGGAAUUCUUUGAAUGGGAAGUGUCAGAGAAAGUUGUGAAUAACGUGACGACUGUUGAAGUAACUGACACGGAAUUCGGGAAAAGUAGCGUUUACAGAGUGGGGUAUUACUGGUACCUCGUUGUCAUGUUUACUUUUGUUCCUCUUUUGUGUAUUUGGACUUUUAAUUCAAUUUUGAUUUAUACAGUUUGGAAAGCGACGAUGUUACGUCGCCGAAUGACACAGGUCGUGUCCAAUCGGACGCACGGAGAACGCCAACAAGGGGAACAACAGAGGAUUACUCUUAUGUUAAUUAGUGUCGGUAUCGUAUUCAUAGUCUGUCAAAUUCCUUCAGCCUUCUUAAUUAUAUAUAACGCUUAUUUAGAACAUGCUGAUAUCAUACCAACAAGAGCCGAAAUCAACAGUAUGAGAAUCGCUGGUAAUGUGACAAAUUUACUUUUACUGCUGAACGCCGCUAUCAACUUCAUGUUAUACUCGGUGAUGAGUACCAAGUUCCGUCGAGUAUUUUUACGUGUUGUAUGUAGACCCUGUUAUGGACAGAAAAACAAAUUUAAUUGCACAGAGUAUAGUUACAUUACAAAUCAAACAUCUACGAGACGUUGUUCACACUUCCGGACAACAUACGAUAAUCGGAUACACAGGGACGACAAUUUAACUGCUUCACUCGGGACACUUCUUCCUCAAACAAGAGAUAAUAGAAGAAGUUGGUCACCAGGACGGAGUGUAGGAAACCUUCGGUACUCUUCAGAUUCUUUGCAUUUGGCUACCACACCAACUAAAAGUGUUCCAAAUGGUCGUUCUAGGAGCAAAAACAGCAUGUUGGAUACAAACAUUUGACAACACAAGUUCCAUAGAUCUAUCUAUAAAUAGAAUAUUCAGCUGUCAUCAAAUGUUCUUUCUUUUUUUUUCUGUUGUCAUGGAUUUGAAAUUUGUAAACAGAACGUUAAUAUGCAACGAUAAACGAACAAAAUUAUAUUACGUCACGGAUUUUGUGGUGACCAUAAAGAUAAAUGUGUGAUACAUGUACGUCAUGAUUACGGAGGUGACUACUAUAAGACUGUUUUGGUGUAUAUUUAAAGAUAUGUACAUGUAACUCGAUAUGUUAAAUCAUAUAUUUCAUAUUAGUGAAUCCUUUUUCCAUUAUUAUAAUAUAAUUCUGUAGACUAUAAAAAUAGGUAUUGAUACCAAAAUGGUCAAAAAAAUGUGUUGGAAUUAAUAUCUACACCAAACAAAUCAACGACACCAAAUUAGAAAAUCAAGUCCCACAUUAGCAACUAUAUUUUCAAACAUUUUUACACGAUUUUAAUCAAACAGAUAUCCAUCACAUAUACAUUCCGGAUAUGACGUCACGGAUUUAAUCAGUCGAUCACAAUUCCUCACUGCGUUUACUCCCCUAUGAUAACAAUGUAUGAGAAUCAUUCAUACAUGUCAGCAGGUAUUUUGAAAUACAUAAUUCAGGUCAAUAUAACACGAUGACGAUUCAUAGUCCUCAGUUCCAUUGAGAACACAGGAGUCAUAUCUUGUAUUAUGUACAUGUCGAUCGUAACGAUAUAUAAUUAAAAUUGUGACACUUUGCUUAUAUUUUUCUGAUGUAAUUUAUUUCGGUAACAUCGUGUUGAUUUUGGUGUCCUUCAAUCAUAUAUAUACUCUACAUUUCAUGUGCUACUUUUUAUCGAUUGUGUGUGAUGUUUUGUAUUUUGUCAGUUUGGAGUAUGAAAUGUCCUGUCUACACUGGAUAUUGAUUAAUCCCGGUCUAUUUUUAUAUAUCAAGUAUCCAGUUUAAAGCUGAUGAUAUCAAACACGAUUUUCACCAAGCUGAACUCCUCGGGUGCGCCUCACACAACAUCCCAGAUGUGAUAGGUAUUUGGAUUAAUGAGGAAUUCAACCAUGUUCCCGAACGACGCGGGGAAAAUAUCGGUUGUAUUUUACGAAUAAUCGCUUUUUAAGAAAAAUUAAAUGAAGCUUUAAACUGAAUACAUGUAUAAAAGAGGAGAAAGCCCCGGUCAGUACUGUCAUUGACUGCAGAGUCAAAUUCAACGUGAUGUGGCUUGAGUUAUAUUGGAGGAGUUACGAGGUGAUUAUAAAUUCGUCAGUUCGGAACUGAUUGUUGAAGUGCCCCGUUUAUGUUUAAUGAAAAACCCCGUGAUUAUUCACUGUGUCCAGUCUAUGUUUUAUGAUACACCUCGUGAUUAUUUCCCGUGUCCAGUCUAUGUUUAACGAUACAUCACGUGAUUAUUUACUGUGUUCAGUCUAUGUUUAACGAUACAUCACGUGAUUAUUUACUGUGUCCAGUCUAUGUUUAACGAUACGUAUAUACAUCACGUGAUUAUUUACUGUGUCCAGUCUAUGUGUAACGAUACAUCACGUGAUUAUUUAAUGUGUCCAGUCUAUCUUUAACGAUACAUCACGUGAUUAUUUACUGUAUCCAGUCUAUGUUUUAUGAUACACCACAUGAUUAUUCACUGUGUCCAGUCUAUGGUUUACGAUACACCACGUGAUUAUCCACUGUGUCCAGUUUAUGUUUUAUGAUACACCACGUGAUUAUCCACUGUGUCCAGUCUAUGUUUUAUGAUACACCCCGUGAUUAUUCACUGUGUCCAGUCUAUGUUUUACGAUACACCACGUGAUUAUUCGCCGUGUCCAGUCUAUGUUUUAUGAUACACCACGUGAUUAUUCGCCGUGUCCAGUCUAUGUUUUAAGAUACACCACGUGAUUAUUCGCCGUGCCCAGGCUAUAUUUCAUAAUGUACAAUUGUAUCAAUCAUUAUUCAAUCGCCAUUUUAAAGCUGAUCGUUAAAGUGUCCGGCCUAUGCUGUAUUAUAUAUUCCCCGUGAUUAUAUACUUUAUCGAGAAAUUAAAGACUAUUUUCUUUUA